GUAGCCAGAUAUCAGUCAGAUGUGCAUAUUUCUUCAGCUCAAAAGCGAGAUGCACGAGGAGGUACGGAUGAAGUUUUAGAUCCGGAAAGUACAAAUCCAAAACCUACAAAUACUGCAUCAAUCCAUACAGACUCCACUCAUCCUUUGUCAGUGUCACCUCCUGAUCUUUCUAUUUCUAAUGAUAAUGAACAGAAGGUACAGGCUCUUUGUGAAUUCCUAGAUGAACUAAAGUGCGAAGAUGUUUCAGAUACUGAGUUAGAUUCAUUACUUCCAUCAUCUAUAAUUAAUUUUUCACCCGAAAUUAACGAAACAAGAGAUAAUUUUGAGUUAUCAAGUUAUAAUUAUACUAUUAAUUAUAAUGAUCCAAAUUCAGUGCAGUUAUAUAGCGAAGAAGCUGAAAAAUAUGACAACAUUCUUCAAAGCAAAUCAGAUGUUAUGUUCACUGUGGAUACUUUAGAGACCUUGUCGACGCAAAUCAGACAACAAAUGUCAGGUCCAGAAAAUUGGGAUGUAAACGAAUUAAGUGAUCCUAUUGAGUUUGAAGGAGAGCAUUCAGCAAAUGAAAUUGAUCAGUCUGAAAUCAAUUUGUUAGGAUCACCAAAGUUGGAUGAUAAUUUAUAUACACUGUGGCAAGAAUUGGUCGAAUCAGCUGCGCAAAAAUCAAUUUCAGUAGACAGUAAAUUAGAUGAACAAGACUAUGUUCAAUGUGUUGGAGCUUAUAUCUCUGGCAUAGGGCAUCGGGAUAUUAUCCCACUACGGAAACGUUCUAGUGGUCUCGAAUUAUUACGGAACACUGGGAUUAGUCGAACAUACUUUGGGAGUGAUUUACUUAAACAUUUAACAGUUAAUAAUUCGAAUGAAGAGUCUAAUGAGAACAACGUAUGUCAUUCAAAUGAAUUUCCAGAUACAUGGGCUAACAGCAAUUGUGAGAAUGCAUUCACUGGCUCCGGAAUUUUGGAUGUGUUAUCAAAAUUAGUCUUGCCUUUAUCACGUAAAACAGAUGGUUACUUACGUCAAAAUUUAUUAAAAACUGUCAAAUGUACAUAACCUACACUUAUAGAUGUAUAUAUAUAUGCGUCCUUGUGACUUAUGAUCUUCAAUGAAACUGUUUUCUUCUUCGUUAUUACUCCUCCUUUGUCUCACCCCUCUGCUCACAGUUUCUAUUAUGCCUUUCUUAUACUUUCUUCUCUUGCUUCGCGUGCUACACGGAGUGUGGCGACUUGAACUGUCGCAUAUUUGUGCAAAGUUUUAUGUCGAAAACAGACAGACAGAC